AUGACACUUACUGGUGUUGACCAGGACACUAGUAUUGACCAUGACACUAGUAUUGACCAUGACACUAGUAUUGACCAGGACACUAGUAUUGACCAUGACACUAGUAUUGACCAUGACACUAGUAUUGACCAUGACACUAGUAUUGACCAUGACACUAGUAUUGACCAUGACACUGGUGUUGACCAUGACACUAGUAUUGACCAUGACACUAGUGUUGACCAUGACACUAGUAUUGACCAAGACACUAGUAUUGACCAUGACACUAGUAUUGACCGUGACACUGGUGUUGACCAUGACACUAGUGUUGACCAUGACACUAGUGUUGACCAUGACACUAGUGUUGACCAUGACACUGGUGUUGACCAUGACACUGGUGUUGACCAUGGCACUAGUGUUGACCAUGACACUAGUAUUGACCAUGACACUGGUGUUGACCAUGACACUAGUAUUGACCAUGACACUGGUGUUGACCAUGACACUAGUGUUGACCAUGACACUGGUGCUGACCAUGACACUAGUAUUGACCAUGACACUGGUGCUGACCAUGACACUAGUAUUGACCAUGACACUAGUAUUGACCAUGACACUAGUGUUGACCAUGACACUAGUGUUGACCAUGACACUGGUGUUGAUCAUGACACUAGAAUUGACCAUGACACUGGUGUUGACCAUGACACUGGUGUUGACCAUGACACUAGUGUUGACCAUGACGCUGGUGUUGACCAUGACGCUGGUGUUGACCAUGACGCUAGUGUUGACCAUGACACUAGUAUUGACCAUGACACUGGUGUUGACCAUGACACUGGUGUUGACCAUGACACUAGUAUUGACCAUGACACUAUUGUUGACCAUGACACUAGUAUUGACCAGGACACUAGUAUUGACCAGGACACUAGUAUUGACCAUGACACUAGUAUUGACCAUGACACUAGUAUUGUCCAUGACACUGGUAUUGACCAUGACACUAGUAUUGACCAUGACACUAGUAUUGACCAGGACACUAGUAUUGACCAGGACACUAGUAUUGACCAGGACACUAGUAUUGACCAGGACACUAGUAUUGACCAUGACACUAGUGUUGACCAUGACACUAGUAUUGACCAGGACACUAGUAUUGACCAGGACACUGGUAUUGACCAGGACACUAGUAUUGACCAGGACACUAGUGUUGACCAUGACACUAGUAUUGACCAUGACACUGGUGUUGACCAUGACACAAGUAUUGACCAGGACACUAGUAUUGACCAGGACACUAGUAUUGACCAGGACACUAGUAUUGACCAUGACACUAGUAUUGACCAGGACACUAGUAUUGACCAUGACACUAGUGUUGACCAUGACACUAGUGUUGACCAUGACACUAGUGUUGACCAUGACACUAGUAUUGACCAUGACACUAGUGUUGACCAUGACACUAGUAUUGACCAUGACACUAGUAUUGACCAGGACACUAGUAUUGACCAGGACACUAGUAUUGACCAGGACACUAGUAUUGACCAGGACACUAGUAUUGACCAGGACACUAGUAUUGACCAUGACACUAGUAUUGACCAUGACACUGGUGUUGACCAUGACACUAGUAUUGACCAGGACACUAGUAUUGACCAUGACACUAGUGUUGACCAUGACACUAGUAUUGACCAGGACACUAGUAUUGACCAGGACACUAGUAUUGACCAUGACACUAGUAUUGACCAGGACACUAGUAUUGACCAUGACACUAGUAUUGACCAGGACACUAGUAUUGACCAGGACACUAGUAUUGACCAGGACACUAGUAUUGACCAUGACACUAGUAUUGACCAUGACACAGGCCACGUAACUCAUCGUUCGAGGCCUCAGGCAGAGUAA